AUGAAAACGUUAUAUAUUUUGCAUAUCUUAUUUGAUGAAGACUAUUUCAAAGUGAAAGAGUCUAGAAAUUUUACGGGUAAAGUAGUUUUGGUGACCGGAUCUGAUUCGGGUAUCGGCGCCGGUAUUGUCAAACUGUUCUCCAUAUUGGGGGCCAGUGUUGUGGUCACCGGGAGGAAAGCGCCGUCAGUCCACAAAGUGGCUCAAGAGAUACAGGAGUUGUCUCCUUAUAAACUCAAACCGUUGGAAGUGGUGGCGGAUGUGACCAAAACUGAAGACCUGAAACGGCUAUUGAGCGCAACAGUGGACAGGUUUGGACGGUUGGAUGUGUUGGUCAAUAACGCGGGUAUCUAUAAAUUCAAUAGCAUUGAAGACCAAAACAUUACCGAAGAAUGGGAUCAGAUAUUCGCCGUGGAUUUGCGGGCAAUCGUCGAACUCAAUCAUCUGGCGGUUCCGCUUCUGGAGAAGACUAACGGCGCGAUUAUAGACAUGUCCAGCAUUGAGGCCAUGAAACCGAUAAGCAAAUUUUUGGCGUAUAAUUGCGCGAAGGCUGCGCUGGAUAUGAUGACCCGGGUGUUGGCCAUUGAGUUGGGCCCUAAAGGCAUACGUGUCAAUAGUUUAAAUCCGGGCUAUACUGAUGUGCCCAACGCUUUGCUGCCCAAAGAAUUGGUAGAUUUGCUGAAGAAAAGCGCACCGUUAGGUCGGGUGGCCUUUCCCUUGGAUGUGGCCAAAGGGGUUGUAUUCUUGGCCUCCACUGACGCCCAGUUUAUUACCGGCGCUAAUCUGGUGGUCGACGGCGGACUAAUCUGGACUAUGCCACCUUUGUAA